ACCGGCAGUGGGGAAGACCUAAGUAACCAAUAAUCGUUCUAACCGCUGCCGAUCGCACUAGAUUGAAUGAACUCAGUUCCCCCAACAUCCGUCUUACAACACAAUCCUCCUUCUCCAAGAGGCCUAGAUUUUUUAACUGGCCAAAAUGACAAAUCAAGGCCAAUCCCGACUCAAGAUCUCCAACUUGAUCGCCGAAGGCAUGCCAAUCAUAUUGGAUGGUGCGCUCGCAACCUAUCUCGAAACAUUGGGUGCAAACAUUUCCGGGGCGUUGUGGUCCGCUGAAAUUCUAAUUGCCAACCCCUCACUCAUCAGGAAGACCCAUGUAGACUACUACCGUGCAGGCGCGAACGUGGCAAUUACUGCAUCGUAUCAAGCCUCCCUUGACGGUUUAGUCAAACAUUUGGGAUUGAGCGAGCAAGAUGCCAAGAGUGUGGUCAAAAAGAGCGUGGAACUCGCUCAGGAAGCGAGAAGCCAAUACAUCACGGAAGCUAAUGCAGAUGUCCAAGACAAAUUAUUUGUCGCAGGAAGCGUAGGACCAUAUGGCGCUUUCCUGGCAGAUGGUUCCGAGUAUCGAGGAGACUACGUCGUGCCAAAGGAAAAGAUGAAGGACUUCCACCGUGGACGCAUCCAAGCGCUCGUCGAAGCCGGCGUGGAUAUUCUGGCAUGCGAGACAAUCCCAUCAAAGGCCGAGACCGAAGCGCUCAUCGACCUUCUUACCUCUGAGUUUCCUUCUUCAGAAGCCUGGUUCAGUUUCACACUUCGAGAUGGUAGCCAUAUCAGCGACGGAACACCCUUAUCUGAAAUUGUUGCACUCUUCAAAGGUGUGGAGCAAGUCGUUUCUUUGGGGUUCAACUGCGUCCCUGAUGAUGUUGCUCUCGUUGCUCUCCAGGAGUUGAAACCGCUUGUGAAGGAGGGGACAAUGGUGGUAUAUCCAAAUUCUGGCGAGCAGUGGAACGCAAAAGCGAGAGAAUGGGAGGGGAAGCGGACGGAAGGUUCGACGCUGGCAAAGAAAACAGAAGAGUGGAGAGAUGCUGGCGCGGGUUUGAUUGGAGGGUGUUGUCGUACCACACCGGAAGACAUCGCGGUCAUGAAGCAAGCUUUGAUAUCCUGAAAAGCAUUUGGGAAUGCGGGAAAGGUGCUGUCAGAUCGGAAGUUACCAGUAUUGUACAUUAUGUGACCAAAACGCCCUGUUCAAUGUAAGGGGAUUCAAGUUUGCUA